GUUUCAUGUUUGCUGCACGCUUGGCAGCACGGCAGCACUGUCGACAAGUUUGCGUUGGUUGUUUUUGUUGUGGAACGAGUCGAAGUGAAGUGUAUUUGAGCACGAAAAAUCGUCUUUGCGGCAUCUAUCUCGUUUUAAUGUUGAAGAACAUUAUCACAUAACGUCGGAUAUAAUCAUGGACGCGGUUGGAAAGACGAUUGAAAACAGCGAGGCGACGGCACUUUUUGCUCUGGCUGAGCAGGCCGAGGCCGCCGAAGCGUUGCAGACACUUUUUGAAGAACCCUGCAACGCGAGGAGUGUAGAACCUGAUUCAGCACCAGUGGAUUCAGAACCAAGUCAGAGUUUUGAGGCAGAAGUUCAGCCUCCUCCAGAAGAACAAGAACCACAACCUGCGCCAGCAAACGAAGAAUUUGCUCCGAAACCAGAUGCUGUGGAAUUGGAAAUGAAACCACCUUUGAAGAAAGAAUUUCAGCCUGUAAUUGAGCCCUCUCCUGAUAAAUUAAUUGGGCUAAAGCCAGUGGUGCCAGUUCUGCCUGCUAUUGUCUCAACCCCUGUCGCAGUUCAGCCACAACCAGUCAUUAAGACAGACUCUAACCAACGGCGAAGUUCUCGGUCCAUUCGAAGGAGGCGUUUCGAUGAUGAAAUUGUCGAGUCAAGUUUGGGCAGAAGUUUUUCUCUAACACCAUCAACUCCUAAAAGUAGCGUCAAGGCUCAUCUAGCUCAUCUACCAGCUACCUCAAGUCCGCAAACCCCGGCUGCAAAUAGUGCAGCACCCCCGAGCGCAUCUGUGUCUCCCAUAGUUGCUCAAGUAUCAACAGACCUUGUUCCUUCUCCUGCUACUCCAGCUACGCCAGUCUCGACCUCCACUCACACACCAGCAGCAGUUGCUUCGUCGGAAAGAAAGAGACCCUCCAAAGGUGGCAGUCACAAAAAGCGAACAAAGCUGAAGCAGUCGGCGGCCAAAGAUCUGGGAAGGUGGAAGCCUUCCGACGACCUUGCGCUUGUUAUUGGAGUCAUGCAGACAAGCGAUUUAAAAGUGGUUCAUACUGGUGUCAAGUUUUCCUGUCGAUUCACAUUUGCCGAGGUGCAAGGACGAUUCUGGGCUUUGAUGUACGAUCCAGCUGUAAACAGAGUGGCCAUGGCUGCCAUGAGAAAUUUGCAUCCUGAAAUGAUCGCAGCCGUCAAGAACAAAGCUCUGUUCAGUUCGGCCGAGGAAAUUCUCCUGUCCAGAAUCCCAGCGAACUCUCAACCAGAUCUCGAGGUCUUCCAAAAGCUCCUAGACGAAAAUGCUAGUUCAUUUUACGAAAGCAGAACUGCAAAAAUGCUUAACAACCAUUGGCUAUUGAUGCGGCAAUACCAUCUUCUACCUGAUCAGACAAACCAAGGCUCUCAACGGCCAGACCAAACCUACAGUUUGUCGGACACCGAAGACUUGAUGAGGGAUGGUGACCUUACUGAGCCCAGAGAUGAUGCUUUGUGCCAUGAAAUGAGCUUAGCUGACAGAGCCUUGCAAAGACAAGUGAACCGCUUGGAAGCAGAAACAAAGCAGUGGUCAGUUGCGGUCGAGCAUGUCACUGGAAUAGGUCCAGUGGACUUUGACAACCAAACAUUGGCUGUUCUACGUGGCCGAUUUGUUCGCUACCUCAUGAGAAGUCGAGAGAUAACUCUGGGCCGAAUGACGAAAGACCUCAGUGUUGAUGUCGACCUUUCUUUGGAAGGACCUGCUUACAAGGUGUCAAGGCGCCAAGGCACAAUCAGACUGCGGAACAAUGGUGACUUUUUCUUAGUCUGCGAAGGCAAACGUUCCAUAAUGGUUGACGGAAAACCAUUGCUCACUGGAAAGAAAACGAGGCUCAACAACAAUUCAGUCAUGGAGAUUGGAACGUUACGAUUCACAUUCCUUGUAAACCAAGAAUUAAUCGCCGUCAUCAGGCAAGAGGCAGCCAAAAUGAAUUUGCAACCGUUGGCCAGCACUCCACAGAGAGCCUGACGUGUUAAAAACAAAUUAGUUCAAUAAAUAACAGCAUUUGAAAGGUUGUGUAAAAAGCAGGUUGGAGGAUUUCUAAUAUCACACACAAAAAGUUGUCCAAUUUCCCAAUGCAUUGCAACAUUACCAUCUAGUAGAUUAAGGUGGUUUGCCUUCAGCCAGAUGGCGCGCACCGCCAGCCGCUACCUUCCAAUGAGAGGUCAAGAACUCCAAAACAAUUUUUUCACCCUUUUUUAGUCGGCUGGCUGUCUUGCGCGAUCCUGCGACUGCGAGCAAGAAGGCUG